ACUACUUCCUCAUCCUCUUCUUCUUCUUCUUCUUCUUCAUUUCAAAAGCUUCAAAUUUUCGGUCCAAAACUUCAAAUUUACCGUCAAAAUUGUAAAUUUUGUGUUCCUGUAUCUGUUUUGGAUUCGUAAGUGCGUUUGGUGUUGCAAAGUUUGUGUUUUUUUCUUUUUUUCUUUUUUUAUUUGUCGGGUGGUUUUUGGAGGUUUUGGAUAUGGAGGUUUCAGUGAUUAGGAGCUCGCAGACGAAGAUCGGAAGGACAAAGUUAGCGUGCAGGGAACUAGGCUUUCGCAAUUCGAAAGCUAAUGGUGUGAAGCUAUUAACUUCGAGAAGUAAUAUCAGCUUCGCUCAGAGCACGAAGUCAAAAGAUUUACGGCUUCGAUUUGCUCCGAGAGCCGUACAAUCACCACCUCUCCGAUCCGACAAAAGCUCGGAUUUUUCCAAGAGAUCCAAGUCGGUAAGAUUAUAUGUUGGUUUACCCUUGGAUACAGUUUCAGAAUGUAAUACAGUAAACCAUGCUAGAGCAAUAGCAGCUGGAUUAAAGGCUUUGAAGCUAUUAGGUGUGGAAGGUGUGGAACUUCCAGUUUGGUGGGGAAUAGUUGAGAAAGAAGCGUCUGAGAAAUACGAAUGGUCUGGGUACCUUGCCCUUGCAGAGAUGGUUCAAAAUGCAGGUCUCAAGCUCCAUGUGUCACUUUGUUUUCAUGGAUCCAAACAACCUAAUAUCCCACUCCCUGAAUGGGUGUCCCGGAUUGGUGAAACCCAACCCGGUAUAUUCUUCACAGACAAGUCAGGACAGCAUUACAAACAGUGCUUGUCACUAGCUGUUGAUGACCUUCCUGUUCUCAACGGGAAAACUCCAGUUCAAGUUUAUCAUGGCUUCUGUGAGAGCUUCAAGUCUACAUUCUUGCCUUCCAUGGGUUCGACAAUCCAGGGUAUUUCCAUGGGCUUAGGGCCAGACGGUGAGCUUCGCUAUCCUUCUCAUGAUCGGAUGACCAAAAGUAGCAGAGUCCGUGGAGUUGGAGAAUUCCAGUGUUAUGACCAGAACAUGCUUAACAUUCUUAAGCAGCAUGCUGAUGCAACCGGAAAUCAUUACUGGGGACUUGGAGGUCCCCAUGAUGCUCCCAGUUAUGAUCGGUCACCAAACUCGGGCAACUUCUUCAAGGAUCAUGGUGGAUCAUGGGAGUCUCCAUACGGUGACUUCUUCCUCUCGUGGUACUCAAACCAGCUCAUUAGUCAUGGCAAUCGUCUACUCUCCUUGGCUUCUUCAACUUUUGAUGACGCUGAUAUGACAAUAUAUGGUAAAGUGCCAUUGAUGCACUCUUGGUACAGAACCCGAUCUCAUGCUUCUGAGCUGACUUCUGGGUUCUAUAACACAUCUCUUAGAGAUGGUUAUGAAGCAGUUGCAGAGAUGUUUGCAAGGAAUUCAUGCAAAAUGAUAUUGCCUGGAAUGGACUUAGCAGAUGAACACCAGCCACAUGAAUCUCUUUCAAGUCCCGAGUCAUUACUGAAACAAAUCAGAACAGCCUGCAGAAAACAUGGGGUUGAGAUUUCUGGACAAAACUCAUCAGUCUCUGGAGCCCCGGGAGGCUUUGAACAGAUCAAGAAAAACUUGUCGGGUGAAAAUGUGAUUGACCUGUUCACUUACCAGAGAAUGGGAGCCUACUUCUUUUCACCUGAGCAUUUUCCUUCAUUCACACAGCUUGUUCGGAACCUUAAUAAACAAGAACUGGAUUCAGAUGAUCUGCCUAGAGAGGAUGAAGCUGCCGAGUCUCUACAAAUGAGUUCUGAUUCAGGCAUCCAAAUGCAAACCGCUUAGUGAGAGUUAAGAUUAUAUGUAAAUAUCGAAAUUGUAUUAUAGCAUUGUAUGUAAAGCUUUUGUAAGACAAAGCAUAAUGAGAAAUAGCUAAUUAGCUAAGUUGGUUAUUCUGAAUUAAA